AAUUCAAAACGUAAAAAGCAUCGACGGACGUCGUUCAUCGACUAUCGUAAUAAAAGAAAGAGGAAAGGGAUUAUAAUUGUCGGUGAGUUUUGCGUUAGCGUAUGAGCUCAACACAAGGCCACGCCAUAUUGAAACGAAUCAGUUGUCUGUUAAUUUUGGCCCGGGGUGAAUUGGUGGCUAUCGCGCUUUUCAAUUUUUCGUGUUUUGAUAAAAAUAAUAUUUUUCGAAUUUCUUUGAUAAUGGCCCUGUCAUAAUGUGACAUCGAUACUAAUGCAGAUUUUGAGAAAAGUUUUUAUAUUUUCGUAACAGGUAGAAAGAUGAUUUUUUAUUCAGAAAAGUGUAUAUACAUGCAGGAAGAUAAUCGAUUUGUCAACGCGAGUUUAGAUUACAAUUUCGGUGCACUAAUUGACCUAAGGUGCGUUCAACCAUCACUUCAUAAAUGUACCAUGUUUGGUGUCGUUGGAAGCGGCUUUUUCUGAUUUAAGUUGUGGUUAAAUUUGUUUUGAUGUGUGACUUUCAAGUGAAUAGCAAAUUGUAAACAAUUAAAAUAGCGAAUUAUAUCACAACGUUAACAAUUGAAGAAAAACUGGAUGACUUGGAUCCUACCUACUGUAUUUCAUAAAAGUUUCGUUUGGGAAUGGGGUUAUCGUACAUGCCGAUUAUCAACAUCUUUUGAUAAUAAUAAUUAGCAACAGUAGUAGGGGGCAUGAAUCGGACUGAAUAGGCUAGCAUUCUUAUAAUUAUUUUUUCGUUUGAUUGACUGGUAAUCUACAUAAAUACUGUGAUUUUAGAUGCGCGGACUAUCUUUUUAUAAAAAUAAUUUGAAUAACUCGUGCAAAAGGUGAUAGUUCCUUUUUAGACUUUUAUUGGAAACAUGGAUGUCGAUGAAACUGUUGUCGAUUUGAGUAUUAGCAACAGAUUAUUAACUCCUCCUCCAGUUCCUGCGAUCUACAACCCACUAAGUUUAACAAACAAUAUUCAAAGCGCCGUGCUUCAGCAGACGUUACCUCUCAUCAAUACCAGAAGGGUUCUGAGACCUCGGACGGAGCCGCGGUCGUACGUGGAAAGUCCUGACGCCCUGAUUAAUGGUUUACUUGAAAAGCCAAGAACCAACGGAAAUUUAGAGUACAGCAGUGAUUCUAGUGAAGGAGACAUGCCGCCAUUAGCACCCGUAAAGGAGUACAGCCCCGGCGAACUUAAACAAAGGGAACGGGGCUUGAGAAGACUGCGUGAAGAGUUAAGAGCAGAAGAAAUGAAACUGGUGCUUCUGAAAAAGCUCAAACAAUCUCAGCAACACAAAGAAAAUGUUGCCGUUUUGCCGCCAAAUAUACCAGCUUCGGCUUUACCACCUACUGGUCUACCAAGUGGUUUAAGUAUCACACCGACGACUGUAAAAGUGCCACCUAAAGCUCAACAGUCGCCACAGAUGGCACAUAGACAUCCUACUUCAAACAUGUCUCAUAAAGUGGUCAAUAUGUCUGGUAAUGGAGGUGGAACUCCUCAGAAUAUGAUGCGAGUGCAACAACCUACUCCUCCACGUGGCAGUAUUCACGGACCUCCUUUAAGUGCGUCACCAAUAAAUAAUAGAACUAACUUAUCAGUUCCUCAACCUCCCCAGAGGUCUUCUAUGGGAAGGCCACCAAGUGGUUUUCCUCCAGGAGUUAAGGACUUAUCACCAUCGGUUACAAUUACUCCAGCACCAAUGCAAUCUAAGACUGUUAGUGGAGUAGAAAACAAAGGAAUAGGGCAUGCCGGACCUAUGCAACCUAACCUUAUUCAAGAGGAGAGGACAAGAGAAGAUAAUCAAACUCCUGCUCAAAGACAAGCUGCUGCCAAAUUAGCUCUUAGAAAGCAGUUAGAAAAAACUUUACUGCAGAUACCUCCACCAAAACCACCACCUCCCGAGAUGCACUUCAUACCUAAUCCGAGCAACACUGAAUUUAUUUAUCUUGUAGGUUUAGAACACGUGGUUGAUUUCCUCACCAAGGAAACGAAAAUACCGCUUCCUCCACAGACUUUUGCGUGUAGUCAGUGUCAAUCAGAUUUUACUCCGGUCUGGAAAUGGGAAUCGAGUAAAAAGAAUAAAGGGUCUAAAUCAGUUAUCUGUGAGCAAUGUGUGACAAAUAACGUGAAGAAAGCGCUUAAGGCUGAGCACACCAACCGGUUGAAGACAGCUUUUGUCAAAGCUUUACAACAGGAGCAAGAGAUAGAGCAGAGACUUGCACAAAAUGGAGUGUUUACGUCCAGCAGUCCGGCUCCGUCACCAGUAACUCCAGAAGCUUUACCGAAAGCUGUAACUCCGACUCCUGCUCCGCGACAUGCCCCUACGCCUCCAGCACCUGCUCCACCCCCACCUCAACCUACUCCGCCUCCUCCACGGAAUUCGCAUCCUCCCAGUCAUUCUUCCGCAUCUUCGGUCGCACAAGAUAAAUACACACAACAGCAGAACGCAGCAGCUAUGCAGGCAUUGCAUCAACAAAUCUUAAGAAGUUUAUCUGCUGGUGCUCCUCCCGCUGCGGCCGCACAUAUGCUCCAAUUUUCUCCGCUAUUUUAUCCUUACCAACUGGCAAUGGCACAAGCUGCUGCUAGUGGCAAAAAUAGCAGUGGAGGCAAUUUGGCCGAGAUCCAACGAGCUGCAGAUUUACACCGUCAGUACCUUCUUGACAUGAUCCCACCUCCAACCCAGCCGCAACAACGCCACAACUGGAAAACAUGAUGCGAGAGAAAUUGGGAGUAAAAUAUAAACAUUUCUAUAAUUGUGAGAACCUGUAAAUUAGUCGUAAAAUGUGAAUUUUUAACCUGUA